CCCAUUCCCAUUAGAGCACAUGACCCUUGUAUACAAACAAGACUCGUUCCUUAAACUGUAGCCUAUGUGAUUGUUUCUACGAAGGAGAUGGCACAAAAUUUGAACGCAUGGUUGGCGGCAGGACUUCUACUUUUAACUAUACCUGUCAAACUUUAUAUAAUCCCUCCACAUGAAGAAGUCGCAAGGAUGGCCAGAUUCGUUGCAAACCAGUGCGAUUGGGCUUCCAUGGCCACGAUAUCGACGCACGACCCAGUGCAAGGACAACCUUUUUCCAAUGCUUUUUCUAUAAGUGACGGACCGGUCGGAUUUGGGACGGGGGUACCCUACAUGUAUCUCACCGAAAUGGAGAUAUCUGUUCAGGAUUUGAAGGCGAACCCGCAGGCCUCUUUGUCCAUGUCUCUGGCUCAGACGGAUUUCUGUAAGAACCAGGGAUAUGACACUCAGGAUCCCCUGUGUGCCCAUAUCAUCUUCUCUGGUUCUGUGGUGGAGGUUAACGGCACAGAGGCCAACUUUGCCAAGAAAGCCCUGUUCAGCCGCCACCCUGAGAUGGUCGAAUGGCCCGCGGACCACAACUGGUUCUUUGCCAAGAUGAACAUCACCAAGGUGUGGGUGUUGGACUACUUUGGAGGGGUGAAGACGGUCACCCCAGAAGACUACUUCAAGGCUUCACCCUACAAAAAAUACAACUAAGAGGACACCACCACCUGUGUGUUAUCUCUAAAGGGAUCCAGAGGGGAAUCGUAGAGGUCCGGAGAGCUGCUGAGAGGUCCGCCCCAGUAUUCAGAACAAUGCAGAAUCUACCUUCAAAAUAUGCUCAGUAACAGACAUUUGCAGAACUCCAAAUGGGUGCCUUGGGAAAAUAAUUCGGAAUUUGUGUCUCGCAUAUGCUUUCAAAGUAAAUGUAUGGCUGUUGGGAAUGAUCAGUUUGUGUAAUUGCGUGUAUGAGCAAGUUCUACCAUUUUAAGAAGCUAUUUUGCUUGAGUAUAAUAUAAUUGCUUCAUUGGUUUAAAAGAGAGCCUUGCUAGGGAUUUCAUUUGGCUUUAUAAUUUUUUUUUAUAAGAAAUAUUUCAUGGCUUCAUUCACCCUUGUGUAUAGAGAAGUGAUUAUAUGCAUUGUUGUAUUUUUUCCACACGAGGGGGUCGUGGCUUAUUACUAGUGAUGACCAUUCGAGGCAUCAUUACCCUUCUUCUAGCAGCAGGAUAUUAUGAUAGCAGUGCUGACUCUUUUUCAGGAUAAAAGCCAUAAUUGAAAUAUAUAAGGCAAUAUAGUUAACAAUCUAGUCUGUACAUUUUUUUUAAUGUCCAUUCCGAUGUUG